AUGCCUCCCAAAAAAACCGACCCUGAUAAGCUUGUCGUCAUGCGUGUCAAGUUUGACACAACCAACGACCGUCUGGAAAAAAUCAUCAAAAAGGUUGAAUCUUCGCUCGAAACCAUGUCUUCCGCAAACGCCUCGGCCUUCUUUGCGAAAAUUUCUUCGCUCGCCAUCGAAUUAGAACGCUCAUUCACGGACAUCGUCGAGGCAGUCGGUUCAUCUUCUCCAGAUGUGGUGAAAGAAGUGAAACUAAUUUACAACAACACUGCUGCUGAGUGCGACUUGUCCCUCGUCGCCAUCGGGGCUCUCGCCCAUCCCGAGGGUAUUCCUCCGCCAGAUAAACAUCCGAAAGAGGAGCGCCAGCGUAAAGUAGAUUUUCGGAAAUUCGAAAAAGAAUGUCCGAAAUCGUGGUUUGAACAGCUAGAGGUCGUCUUCAAAGCGAUGCACAUCGACGCCGACUACCAACGCUUUGCUGCCCUUCUGAAACUUGUAGAUCAUCAAGCCGGAGCCUUGCUCAGCUCCAUCACAAGAGCCAAUCCAAAAGACGCUUACGUGCAGGCCCGUAAG